AUGCAAAACAAAGUUGCCUUAAAGUAUGACAACCCGAAGUUACAAUAUAUAUUCGUUGUUGUUUCUUUUAUUAUUACUUAUGUUUUGGCAAAUACUAAAAAAGAAGAUAGCCACAUGAAAAUAAGAGCUUUAGAAAUAGAAAAAAAUAAGCUUCACCAACAAAUUAAUGCGGCGAUUGACGAUAGCGUACGAACUUUACAAGAAAAUAACGACACAGAUGCAAUGGCAGGUAUUAACUACCUAAAUAUACUCAAGUCACAAAUUAUUGAACUAAACAGUGCAGAAAGCAAAGGUUUUAAUGAUACACUCAUCAAAACUUCUGAUCUCAGCAGUUCCAACGGAACAAAAAACAGAAUAGAAUUUAACGACACUGUUUCUGAUAUUGAUUCAAGGCGAUCUCGCAAAAUGAAACAUUACGAAUUGGAAAAAAUUUUUAAUCCUGAGAUAAUGAUUACAGCAAAAGGUCCGCCAAGUAAAGCUAAAAUUAAUUUAGAAAAUCGUUUAAAGAUAGAGAAGAAACUUGAUGAAUGGAUUUUGAAGAGGAAACUAGAAAAAAAACGUAUAAAUGAGUAUCGCCAGAAAAGGAAGCAAAAGAGGAAGAGCAAUUUUGAAAAAUGUCCAAAUUAUGGUUUAAAUAAAGUAGGCAAAAAAAGUCGAAGGAGCUCAAACACCAAUGAAACCGUUAUAAGUUCAGAUACAAAAGAGCCAGAUUCCUUGGACACCGCCCGAAGACUGAACAGAAAUAAAAAAAAUAUCCGUGCUGUCGAAAAUGCUGUAAAAAGUCAUAUAUGGGUUGCUUGUAAACCACUAUUUAUGAAAGAUACAAAAAAAUACACAAAAAUAUAUGCUUAA